GCAGUUGCGACGAAAAUUGCUUAUGGUGUGCAAUUUCGUUUCCAAUCUACUCGUUACACAGUAACAGUAAAUCGUGAAGUGAUACUGUCAGCGGGCGCGAUACAAUCGCCGCAACUGUUGAUGUUGUCUGGUAUCGGACCAAAAGAUCAUUUGAAGGAACUAAAUAUUCCGGUGGUUCACGAUGCCCCGGGUGUGGGGAGAAAUCUUCAGGAUCACGUGAUCUUUACUGGACUCAGUUUUAACACGUCUACGCCGGAAAAUUAUACAGGGUCAAAGCCUUUCUCAUUCGAUCUAGCAAAUAGUCUUAAUGAACACAGUUUAACAGAAUUCGCCGUGAAUCAUAAUGGACCAAUGUACAAUACCCCAAACUCUGAGGGUUUAGGUUUUAUUACUACCAAAUAUGCAAACGAAUCCGGAGAUAAUCCUGACAUAGAGUUAUUGUUAGGGAGUCUGGGUAAUGCCUCCCAACGUAACGCCCCAAUAAAAACUGCUGCUUAUACUGUCAUGCCACUAUUAUUAAGACCACGGAGUAGGGGAUACAUCAAACUCAAUGUAACGAAACCUGAA